CUGCGCGAUCCGAGAAGCGGCGGCUGGAGGGAGCUGCUGCCGCCGCCGUCCCUGAUCGGCUGGGACUGGAGGGGCAGCCGCGAGCUCCGCUCGCCCGGCUCCGGCGGGAUUCGUAGCCGAGGGGCGCCGGGCUUGCAGAGGCGGCGGCCGCUCCUCGCCCGCCUUCGCCCAUGGCUUCAGCCGGCAGCGGCAUGGAGGAGGUGCGCGUCUCGGUGCUGACCCCGCUCAAGCUGGUGGGGCUGGUGUGCAUCUUCCUGGCGCUGUGCCUGGACCUGGGCGCCGUGCUGAGCCCGGCCUGGGUGACGGCCGAUCACCAGUCCUACCUGUCCCUCUGGGAGUCCUGCAACAAACUCAGCAACCCGGAGACCUGGCGCUGCAAAACUACCUUGAACAGCGACUGGCAGAUUGCUACGCUUUCUAUGCUGCUGGGUGGGGCCGCCAUAAUUCUUAUUGCCUUCAUGGUUGGAUUAAUUUCUAUCUGCGUGGGAUCACGGAGGCGGUUCUACAGACCAGUUGCUGUCAUGCUGUUUGCAGCAGUGGUUCUUCAGGUGUGCAGUCUCGUCCUUUACCCAAUCAAGUUCAUCGAAACGGUGAAUUUGAGAAUAUACCAUGAGUUCAACUGGGGCUAUGGCCUAGCUUGGGGUGCAACUAUAUUUUCAUUUGGGGGUGCCAUACUUUAUUGCCUGAACCCUAAGAACUAUGAAGACUACUAUUAAAGGAAGCUACUUUUUUUUUUAAAGGAAAGGAAUAACACAAGGAUUGUUCUGUCUUUUCUAACUCGGUGUUUUUAGAACUUUUGUAGAGUGUCAAACAGUCUGCUCUAUUGAUUUAUCAGCCUUUACCUUUUGGCUACAACUACUGCAAGUAGCUUUUUAACAUCCUGUUAAAAGAAUUGCAAAAAUUACAUCUGCUGAUCAAUACAUAGGCAAGCGAUACAAGCUGCUGAUACAUUACCUUUGGUAAGCAAAGAUCAGCACCAUUGGAGGAUGUAGAUGGCAGCAGAGCCAUCAUGAGAAAAUUAGUUGGAAUUAGAAUGUGGCACCUGCAUUUGCUGUAGCCUGCAAGGAAGUUGCUGGCACAAGGAUUGUGUAGAAACGUCUUUGUAGCACACAUGAUUCAAUGUUCUAGAGGGUCACAAACCUAUGCCAAUAUGUUGUAUUGGCCCUCUGGGACUCUUAAUGAAAUAAACAUCUAAGUGACCAGAUGCUGAGAAAAGUGAAGACAACUGAUUAAUACAUACAUUCAACCAUUUCCUGACAACACAAGUUUGUGCAUUUGGCAAUAUACGUUUUUCAGCCAGCUGCGGUAUAUCAAGAAAUCAAAACUUGGAACACGUUCUUCUAAUUAUGUGGUUGGACAUUGUGUCUCAGCUGUAACCCAAGUACUGGAAACAACACAUGAAGAAUGACACUGAAUCUGUUGAUUCCAUCAAGAGAGAAAAAGAAUACACGUAUGAGCUGCAUUUGUCCUGAGCAUAGUUCGAUUUCCAAACACUGCGGUAACGUUUCGAAGCAACAUUUCCAAAUAUUUUUAUAGAAGGCUUUUAUUGGUAUUACUAAGAAUCUAAAAUUAUAGAGAGAACAUAUAACAUACAAAGGUCCCAAGCUAAUCUUAAUUGUGAGGUGUAAUAGCAAAAGCUCCUAGCCUUGAGAAUUUGAUAGAUUUAAAAUAUUUAAAUGAAACCAUUCCUAUAAUGAGUUAUUUCUUGUGUUGCUUGAUUUCAAGCUUGAUGUGCCAGUAAAUUAGGAUGGAAUAAACCAAUUGCUGUGGGGACACUGUAAAGUUAAAGCGUCAUGACAAACAAUACAUCAUGAUAAGCCAUGGAUUAUUGUAACAGAAAUGAGCACCAGUGAGCCUCAGCUUGCACCCACCCACCCCACUUUUUCUCCAGUGUGGCUGCAAGGUGGACAUCAGAAGCUUUCUAUUUCUUAUUAACUGCAG